CGUAGUCAGGCGGUUGUAACUCAAAAUAUGCAAUAAUCUGGGAAGCAGCUCGCGCUGGACUCCUCGCGGCAAACCGAGAACAAACUACAGUGUGUUCUUUCAUCAGGAAGACAGCGCAUUUCCAGUGGGAUCCGGUCACAGAGCUUCGCUUGACUAACGAGCAGCAAUGAGCUUUUUUGGUUUUGGUCAGAGUGCGGACAUAGAUAUAGUUCUGAAUGACGCCGAAACGAGAAAAAAAGCUGAGCACAGAAGCGAAGACGGCAGGAAAGACAAAUAUUUCCUUUUCUACGACGGGGAAACUGUGUCCGGAAAAGUCAACGUUACACUCAAAUACCCGGGAAAGCGGCUGGAGCAUAAUGGCAUCAAAAUCGAGUUUAUCGGCCAGAUAGAAAUGUACUAUGACAGGGGGAAUCAUCACGAGUUUGUGUCUCUGGUGAAAGACUUGGCUCGACCAGGGGAGCUCACACAGUCACAGACGUUUGACUUUGAGUUCACACAUGUGGAGAAACCCUACGAAUCAUACACUGGUCAGAACGUCAAGUUACGCUACUUUCUCAGGGCGACAGUGGGCCGGAGACUCAACGACAUCAGCAAAGAGUUGGAUCUUGUGGUUCACACACUCAGCACCUACCCCGAGCUGAACUCCUCCAUCAAGAUGGAAGUUGGCAUUGAGGACUGUCUACACAUAGAGUUUGAGUACAAUAAGUCCAAGUAUCACCUAAAAGAUGUUAUUGUAGGAAAGAUUUACUUCCUCCUAGUGAGGAUUAAGAUCAAACAUAUGGAGAUUGACAUCAUCAAGCGGGAGACAACUGGCACAGGCCCUAACGUCUACCAUGAGAACGACACCAUAGCAAAGUAUGAAAUAAUGGAUGGUGCCCCCGUCAGAGGAGAGUCCAUCCCCAUCAGGCUGUUUCUGGCAGGCUAUGAGUUGACCCCCACAAUGAGGGACAUUAACAAGAAGUUCUCUGUGCGGUACUACCUUAAUCUGGUCCUCAUAGAUGAAGAGGAAAGACGCUAUUUCAAACAGCAGGAGAUCACACUGUGGAGGAAAGGCGACAUUGUGAGGAAGAGUAUGUCUCAUCAAGCCGCCAUUGCCUCGCAGCGCUUUGAAGGUACCUCCAAUCCAGAGAAGUUCCGCGGCCAUAACAGCGAGGAAGACACCAGCUAAAACCCAGCACGUGCUGCAGCGAGCAUCCGAGCAGAGACGGCGCACGGACGUCAGUCUGAACUCUUAAUGUGAAAAUCACUCGUUUGCAUCGAGACGGAAUGCACUGCAGUGUUUGUCACAGCUGGAGUAGUGUGCUGAGUGAGUGAGGCGUGUGUGUGUGCGCGUGCGUGUGUAUGUGAGUGGAUAAACCAGAGUCGGACUGUAUUUGUUAGCAAUUCUCAGCGUUUUCAUUUGAACAACCUUGACGUACCAGCUGGUUCGAGUUUACCACACUAAGACUGAUGGUGUCAGCUAACUUCUCUGUCUCUCAAAACUGCACAAAAUUGGCUUGUAAGUACUUAAUUGAUGCCUUGGCAUUUAUUGUACACCUCAGUGGGGUGAACUUCACCCAUUAGAUGCACUUAAUGUCAUUUGCAGGUGUGUGUGAGUGAAUGUAGAAUACAUGGCACACAGCCAUCUGGUGGUGUAUUUCUGACACCGUCUUUCCUUUAAACUACUUACUUUGUGGGAAGAUUGAUACAGCAGCCAUUCGACAAGUUAAUGAUGAGUGGCUAAACAAUAAAUGUGACGGCACGUGUGUGUGUGUGCUCACAAGAAUGUGAAAUUUGAACAUGAACUCAUGUAAGGUUUUUCUGCCAUGCCCUCUGCUGGAAAGAAACGCUUUUAUUUCCAUUUUGAAACUUAAUUUUACAUAACUAGUAUGAGUCCAGGAUAACCAAACAGCAGUCUGAAAAAAAACUAUAAUGGAAAGGAAUGGAAGAGACUUAUUUUCAUACAUUCCAGAAACAGGCGUGAGUACAGAGUAUUCAUUUGAACCCAAAUCAGUUUGUUUCAGGCAGCACUGAACACAUUUGAUGCUUCAGUAGGUUCGAGUUUAGUGUCCCUUCCAUCUUUGUUACAGCUGCCAGUCACUGAUAGUUUGAAACCUUUCUGCCAUUUGCACUGUGUGCUUUUCUUUUCUGCUCUCAGCACUGUUUACGAACUUACUUGAGUCAAGAGGAGAAAGUUGGCAUCGCUUCAGAUCUAAUAAAGGCAGUAUUACACCUGCGCUUAUUUACAUAGAUGCCUGUUAACACAGUAUAGACUCCUGAGGCUGCUUCUUUGUGCCUGUAAGGGUUUGGUGCCAAAAUGUCUGCAAUACUAGAGAACAGUUGCCACGGUGAGUUGCUAUGUCCUCCGCUCCCAUGUUUAUCUACUAGUAAAUAAAUGGGUUUAGUACAAAGGCAGGUUUAGAUGAUGUGGUGAAUGUAAACUGAAGGCCUCUCUUUUAUAUUAAGCACUUAAUGAAAUUUUGAAAAGUUCUUUUGCUUUUACUUUUCAACUGCAGGUCAGGCAGAGUUUAUUGGAGUUCUUGUGCUAUUAUUUGCUUUGCUUUUCUAAACUAUGAGAGCACACUAAUGAGUACAAAGUGAGAUGCACUUGAAGCAAACCCCUGGAUCUUCUUGUCCUUCAGCCUUCUGCUUAACAAGCUUUCCAAAAUGCAUCACUGUGUACCGUGUGUUUCAUACUGUCCUAGGCAGUAGGGUCGGGUUUUAGCCAUGCUGCUGUUUUGCUUUGGUGAUCUGAUUGCUGUCACCAGACAGCUGUUUAGAUACUGUUGAAAUAUUGAGACUCGCGGCCUGAAUUGUGUUGCUUUAAGCCAACAGGACAUGUUUUAAUUCACAUGUACUGAAGUUGAAUGAGGUGAAAAAAACAGUUAAUUGUUGAAGCUCUGGUAAUAUCUGAUAAAUACGACUGUAGGGACAGUGGUUUGUCACCUUUAACUUAAAGUGCAGGAGAGAGUUGAGAGGUGGGGAGAUUUCAAAGACAUUUAAAUUGACAGAAACAUGCUGGCAAGUUUCUAAUGUUUUCAUAAACACAAAUUUUAUGCUGAAGGAAAUGAAUAAAUAAAAAUAUCUGAAUGUUUCUUAGAUUAAUUGAGCACCUUCAUGUAUCAAGAAGAGCAACAGACCAGCACCUCCUGGUCUCCUGAUAGAUAAAAGAAAUCAAGCCUUCCCUUCUCUGGCCUCACUCUUGACCCCAAUCAGUCUCAAAGAGCUCCUCUGCAGUAUUUCUCUGCCUCGCAUGGCACACAGUUCAUGCUCCGCUCUUUUCAUGAAUGGCCUGUGAUUCUACUUUUUAUCAGUACUGGUAGAUUCUGACAACAGCGAGAAAGUAAAACCGGAAUAAACAAUGAAAUGUACAAUAUAAAUGCACAAUGUAAAUGCAGCCCCCACCUUCUGUUUAUAUUCCUGUCAUAUUUUAUCUUGUUUAUAAAUGUUGAUUUUAAUCAUUUUAUAUUCCAAUUUUUCUUUGAAAUCAAAGGGAUUAAAUAACUGAGAAACACG